CAGUACCAGUCGCAUACGGCUGAAACUGAUCAAGAAGACAUUUCAACCUCACUCUUUAUCGAACCUGGAGACCGGCUUUCAGAUGAGAAUCUUCCACCACCUAAAGGACUGGGCCCCGACGAGAAUAUCACAGCUGCGAUCUUCGUAUCUGAGCCUACUUCAUGUAAUCAAAGUCCCAAAAGCUUUAUUGAGGAAAUCACUCCUUCAGGAGAUGGGAAGAUUGGUGUUGGCAUAGACCAUUUACAAAUCGGAUCUGGGUCAAGCCUGCUACCUCAGACACGACUUUCCGUCUCACAUAAAAUUCAUUCAACUCCACACCAGAGUAUGGAUUAUCAGAAUACAGAAGUUUCGUCAGAGUUCACUAUUACUCACUCUGAUUUGACUUCUUCGACUCCGAGAUGGAUCAACCUUUAG